AUGGAUAGUUUCACUCUUAGUACAGCCACCACUCCCAACAAAUUCUCCCCAAUUCGAUUCUUCUCACAUUCCUUUUUUCAUAUCAAGAAAUCACCAAUUCUGUCUUUUAACACUAGGCAACCCAGAAAACUUCUUGUGUUUGCAUCAAAAGAUGAGUCGAAGUUUGUCGUAUGGGACCAAAUGGAGCUCAAGUUUGGUAGAAUGCUUGGUGAAGACCCUAAAAUCACCUAUGCUAAGAUAAUGGGUCGGAAGUCAAACCCUGAUAUGACUUACUUGGAAAUUGAGAAGCUACUACAGAAGAAGGGGGGUAAAGCAGUGAACAAUGAAAUAGAGGAGAUCCCAUUUGAUGUCUCUGUGGAUAAAAAAUCGACAAAGUCAGUGGAUGGGUUAAAUUUGGUUCGACCUGUGCCGAGGAAAGGGAUAGAAUUUGAGGCUAAUCGUAAACAAGUAGAAACAGAUGAUAAGAAAUCUAACCCACCAGUUACAAAAGCCAUGGAGAAAACCCAAAGCAGUGUUCCCAAUGUUAUCUUGCGAAAGCCCAGUUCGUUUAAUGAGGACGAUGUGGGGGGUGAAAGAUCUUCUAGGUUUGGGAUGAAACCAAACUUAUCACUGAAAAUGCGUAAAGAACCGCAAAAGGACAGGUUUAGCGAUAUCACACUGUUGAAGAAGCCUGAACCAAUGAGUUCUGCAAUAGUCAAUGAAAUUGGAGAUAAGAGUGUGCAAAACGAUUUUCCAUCUACAGGAAAAGUUGAUGAUAUCACACUUGUGAAAAAGCCAGAGCCAAUGAAUCUCAAUGUGAAUAAUGAGCGAGAACAAGAACGAGAACCAGAAUUAUCUAGGGAUCAUACUGAGUUUAGAUCCAUUAAUGAUUUGACAGAGAACAGUUUAGAUGUUCCGUACUCAUCAGGUGAAUUGGUGAACAAGAUGGAUGGCAAUCUCAAUCAAUAUACGGAAACUAGGAAAAGAGAUUCAGAAGUGGAUAAUAUGUCUGCGACAGAAUUGCAGGCUGAUACUCAAACUAGAGAGAAAACAUUUGCUUCUAGUGGACCUUCUGAGACAAUGGCAGCUGAAACUACUCCUAAAAUACCUAUGGAUACUUUGCUGAUUGGAAAACCAAAAAUAUUAGAUCGCUCUGUUAAGUCAACAGAACAACAUAGUAGCGAGGUCCUGAUUCCCACGAAUUCUGAAGGCUAUGGCAAUCCCUCGGAGCUUGAGAAAUUCCUCACAACUUCACUGAUUAAGGACCAUGAAGAUAAUGACUGGGCAAGGGCUGAAGAGCUGGUUAAGACAGGAGAAAGAGCAGAAGUGGAAUUAAUUAGCUCCAGCACGAGAGGAUUUGUUGUAUCAUUUGGUUCCUUGAUAGGAUUUCUACCAUACCGUAAUCUUGCUGCCAGGUGGAAGUUCUUAGCUUUUGAAUCCUGGCUGAGAAGGAAGGGUUUAGACCCGUCCAUGUACAGGCAAAAUUUGGGCAUCAUUGGAAAAUAUGUACCUACUAGCACAACAGCUUCUGUGGAAUCAAUGCUAGAUUCUAAAGCUGAAUAUAAGGCUGAGGGGCAGGUAUCAUCAGAUAUGAAACUGGAGGAUCUUCUCAUGAUUUACGACCAAGAGAAACUCAAGUUCCUAUCAUCAUUUGUUGGCCAGAAAAUCAAAGUGGGUGCCGUAUUGGCUGACAGAAAAUCCCGCAGACUGAUAUUUUCCAUAAAAUCAAAAGAAAAGGAAGAAUUGGUUGAAAAGAAGAGAAGUCUCAUGGCAAACUUGAGUGUUGGAGAUGUAGUGAAGUGUUGCAUUAAAAAGAUCACUUACUUUGGCAUAUUUGUUGAGGUUGAAGGCGUACCUGCACUCAUUCAUCAGACAGAAGUAUCAUGGGAUACCACCUUGGACCCUGAAUCAUAUUUUAAAGUUGGUCAGAUUGUUGAAGCAAAAGUUCAUCAAUUGGAUUUUUCACUUGAACGUAUAUUUUUAUCGUUAAAGGAAAUAAUGCCAGAUCCACUGAUGGAGGCGUUGGAGGCUGUAGUUGGUGAUCACAAUUCCUUAGAUGGUCAACUUGAAGCAGCUGAAGCUGAUGUCGAGUGGGUCGAUGUGGAAUCGCUUAUCAAAGAACUACAACAAUUUGAUGGCAUCGAGUCUGUAUCGAAAGGACGCUAUUUUUUGAGUCCUGGUUUGGCCCCAAUGUUUCAGGUUUAUAUGGCGUCCAUGUUUGAGAAUCAGUACAAGUUACUUGCUCGAGCUGGAAAUAGAGUACAGGAGGUGAUUGUGCAAACGUCAUUGGGCAAAGAAGAGUUGAAAUCGGCAAUUCUGACCUGUACCAAUAGAGUGGAAUAA